ACUUCGCGCUAAGUCAGAUCAGUCGACUUGCGGCGGUCGUACCUGUCGCGACAUAUAAUGUAACGGAUCUUUGGAGAUUAAAGCAUCUCACAUAUUCGAUUGCAUCUUUGCUUCCUUUCAGUCUUUCUUCUGCCCGUCUGUGGUUGUCUGACCAACCCCUUGCUUUAUUCCUCUCUUCUUUCGCUUCUUAUCCUCAACUCGAUACAUCGCCUUUGAUUUCUGUUACGCUAUCGCACACGAGGAAGUCAGCGACUCGACCGGUAUCUAGUGGUUCAUCCUACAAAGAUGUCACACGACAAUUUGGGAUUUACAUCGAGUACGGAUGUUCUGCAGGGUCUGAAAAAGUCUUCCUCAUCCAAAGAACAUAAAAAUGGUUAUAAAUCAAGUGAGAAACAUGACGGCGUUUACGUGCUGGAACUCGAGGAAAAAAAGAAAAGUACAGAUGAAAAAGAUGAGAAUUACGAUCCGUACAGUUACAGAGUGGUGGAGCAUCCGACUACCGAUGCGGAAACAUUGCUCCAUUUGCUGAAGGGCAGUUUGGGCACUGGAAUUCUUGCGAUGCCAAAGGCCUUCUACAAUGCCGGAUACAUCGUUGGUUUGGUAGCCACAAUUAUCAUAGGGCUUCUCUGUACAUAUUGCAUGCGAAUUCUUGUUCGUUCAGAAUACGAAUUAUGUAAACGGAACAGAGUGCCCUCCAUGACGUAUCCGGUGACUGCGCAAAGUGCUUUACUCGAAGGACCAGUAUUUCUGAGACGGUUCUCCAAAAGUUCCAUACACAUAAUAAACAUCUUCCUGUUGGUAUAUCAGAUGGGCACUUGCUGCGUCUACUUGGUAUUCAUUUCCAGAAAUCUGCAACUGGGAUUGAGCUCUUUUGUUAAAUUGGAAUUGGAGAUAUACAUGGUAAUUCUGCUGUUACCUUUGAUCUUUGUUAAUUACAUCAAGAAUCUUAAAUACUUGGCACCGUGUUCAACAAUCGCAAACGCUAUUAUGUUCGCCGGGUUUGCGAUCAUUCUUUACUAUAUCUUUCGAGAGCCGUUGACGUUCAACGACCGCGUGACUGUUGGGGAAGUUAAAAAUUUCCCGCUCUUCUUUGGCACCGUCUUAUUCGCCCUUGAAUCCAUCGGCGUAGUAAUGCCGUUGGAAAACGAGAUGAAAACACCCCGAUCCUUUAUGAAACCAUGCGGCGUUCUCAAUAUUGCAAUGGGAGUUAUAGUCGUGCUGUACGCCGUCCUGGGAUUUUUCGGAUACAUACGUUACGGCAGCAAAAUCGCUGGUAGCAUCACGCUGAAUCUGCCGACCCACGAAGACCUGGGAAUUGCGGUACAAAUUCUUCUGGCUAUUGCCAUCUUUUUUACGCAUCCCAUUCAGUGCUACGUCGCCAUCGAUAUAUUGUGGAACGGCUACAUCAGUACGCUUCUUGAGAAGUAUCGUUACAAGCUGCUCUGGGAAUAUGUAGUUAGAACUGCCAUCAUUCUGAUUACUUUCGGUUUGGCAAUUACAAUUCCGGAAUUGGAUCUCUUCAUAUCGCUGUUUGGCGCGUUAUGUCUGUCGGCCUUGGGACUUGCUUUCCCGGCGAUCAUCCAACUGUGCGCCUUCUGGAAAGUGAUGGGGCCCACCGAGAAGAAGAUCAUGAUAGCGAAGAACACGUGCCUAAUACUGAUCGGGGCGUUAGGCCUGAUUGUUGGCACCUACACGAGCCUUCGCGAUAUCAUCGCGAAAUUCUCCUGAGGAGUCGGUUCGAAGGAUUGUGCUGUGGAAAUGUGCUGAUGGAGUGAGCAGGACUCGUUCUCCAUGCGAGGAACGACGACAAUGUGAUACGUAGUUAAAGUUGAUCAUUGCUAAAAGUGAGUGUAUCUAAAAGUAGAAGCGCAUUUAGAGGCUUUAGCCGAGGGACCGAAAUAACGUUAACUUCGUAACGGCUCGCCCGUCACACUGCGGCUUCGAUUCGUCGCGGACGAAAUGAAGUUCCUAAGUGCCACGUUGGUUUUACGCGUAAUUCACGAGACUUUUGUGCGGAAGAUGAACUGUGCGACGCCGCCUGGCGCGCGCGUACGCGUCAGUCAUGUACAGUACAAAAUGUGUAAAAAAAAAAAAGGUUUUAUUGUAUUAUAAAUAAAAAUAAUUUUAUUUUCUUACUGCUACCCCCUCGAUUUCGGAUUCCUCCCCCCCGAAAUUAUCGUCGACUUCUUGAAUUACGACUUGAAUUACGCAGUACAGAGCGAUUGCUUCAUUUGAUUCUUGACCGUUAUUCUUAUUAAUAUUUUAUAACGUGAAAGGAGAAUAGAUGAUAGAAUAGCGUUCGUGUGUACACGCUAUACCAUGCGACGAGCUGCAAGAAUCGAUAUUUCAAUGAUAUAAGCAGGUUGCUGCCUAAAAAUGAGAACAUUCAUCAAUGCCAUCCUGUUUUCCUUAUUCGUUUGUUCGCGUUUUAUACAGAUUUCCAGACGAUCAAUAUUGAUUCUCAACAAAUCGAUAUCGUAUCAUUGUAUACAAAACCACAGAGGGCGGAGCGUUUUCUUUUUCUAGAAAUAGUAAAAUAUUUGCAAUAUAAAUUUUAUGUGCGUAGAUUGUGCUUCACGUAUGGAACACUUUGAAGAACUCUUUUCUUUAAGUUUGUGAAUUAUUUUUAUAAUUGUUUAGAAUAGCAUGAUCUUGAUAAAAUAAUAGAAUAGCCUAUCUUAUAUUCGCGUCUGACAUGAAAAAGAUGUCAUAAGAUUAUAAAUGGAAAAAAAUUGAUGAAAUUUUUGUAUGAAAAACACAACACAAAACAUUUUGUUAAUUAUUAAAUAAACAUUUAUUUAUUAAAUAAUUAAAUAUCUGUUAAUUAUAAAAAAUAGGAUUUGUAGAAUUACUUGCUCUACUUGCUAGAGAAGCUCGUUACGUUUUCAAAGUCCGACGUUCAUUCGGACAUUCGAGAGGAAUAAAGUUUAUUUCACGACA